AUGGAGGAUUCCACAGCUAUGACAAUUGAAUUCCUUCGGGCACGGUUGCUGUCUGAAAGAUCUGUCUCAAGAAGUGCAAGACAGAGAGCUGAUGAACUAGCAAAGAGAGUAGCAGAACUGGAGGAACAGCUAAGAAUUGUGUCUCUUCAAAGAAUGAAGGCUGAGAAAGCAACAGUCGAUGUUCUUGCCAUCCUGGAGAGCAAUGGGAUAAGUGACGAUUCUGAAACGUAUGAUUCGAACUCUGACCAGGAUAACAAGACCUCUAAAGAAGAACAGGGUUCUGUCAAUGCGAAAGUGAGAAAAUAUGAGAUGGAACAUUCAGGUUCUGACCAUGAUUUUUCCCCUGCACAAGGUAGAAGCUUGUCUUGGAAAGGUCGCAAGCAUGGUUCGCGUUCUCUUGAAAAGUACAAGGAUCCAUCUCUGAGAAGACGGAGCAGCUUUGCAUCUACCAGUUCUUCCCCUAAACAUCGCCACGGCAAGUCAUGCCGCCAAAUAAGAAGCAAAGAAUCGAGGUAUUUAUGCAAUAGUUAUGUUGCCAGAUCCACAACUGAAGAAUUUAGAGCCAAUCCAGUCAAGGUUGAUUCUCCAGAAAAUGGAGUUGCUACCACUUCAGAAGAUUUUCCAAAUUGCUUGGAGCCCGAGACAGGAAGAAUUGAAGACAGCAAAGAAAAAGCUUUACCAGAGCUCCCAAUUUCAGGCGGCUUAGAAAAUGGACAGCUUGCACGUAGUAUUGAGCUUGAAGAUAAUGUGUGUCGCAGUGAUAGAGACAUGGAAAGGGCACUUGAACAUCAAGCACAACUCAUUGACCGAUAUGAAGCAAUGGAAGAGGCUCAAAGAGAAUGGGAAGAGAAAUUCAGAGAAAACAACGGCAGUACACCAGAUUCAUAUGAUCCUGGGAACCGCUCAGAUAUCACUGAGGAAGGAUAUGAGAUCAAGGUGCAAGCUCCUCACUAUACUGGGACAAUAGCUGCCCAAUCCAGUGGGGUAAAGUCAGAAGUUGAAAAUGCAUCCAACAUUCAACCUAAUGGCAUUCUACCACCUUCACCUGUUAAUAUUGGACAGUUACAGGAGUGGAAGAGCAGUAGCACCCCUGCUUCUGAAUCCUCACCUCAUGAUUUUGCAUUUUAUGCAGAAAAGCAAAAGCAAAAUCAAGAGAGCCUCAGGAACAAUUAUUAUCCGUCUCCACGCGGCUCCCACCACCAUCUACUUUCACACAGUCCACAUGAUUCCCCUGGGAGCCAAUCUGCAGCCAGUGGUUUCAGCAAAGGAAAAGCUUCUGGGAGACAAAAUGAACUCUAUGCAUUGGUGCCACAUAAAGCAUCUAAUGAGUUGGGUGGUGUGCUGGAUGCCCUUAAACAAGCAAGGCAAUCGUUGCAACAGAAAAUCAACAUGCCGCCAUUAGUAGAAGGUGGCUUUAUUCGAAACCCUCUUGAUCCGUCUGUUCCCGCUCCAAUACCAGGCAAUAAAGUAGAUAAUCCCCUUGGAAAUGUUGGACUUUUCCGACUGCCAACUGAUUUUUUGGUCGAAGGCAGCACUCGAACAAACUCCCUUAGUUCUAAUGCUCAAUUAAGUUUGGGAAACUAUAAUCUUGAGACACGAGUUCCAGCAGCUGCCAGCAAUCGAUUUGUCAGCAGAUCUUACUUGGCAACUGGAUCAAGAUUUCCUACAGAUGAUCGAUUUCUGACCAGCCAAUCUGUCGACAGUGGCUCUAGAAUCUCUACACAGAGGCCUUAUUUUGAUCCUUAUUUGGAUACAGUUUUACCUUCUUCCGGCAUAUAUGGUUAUUCCACAAAUCCCUCUUAUCCUGACCAGAUGCCGCAAUUGCCCUCUAGGGAAUUCCCUUUCUUCCCUCCCAGCAGGACUGCUGGUAUCCACCCUGCAGAUCAUUUCUCAUUCUCUGAUGAUCAUAUUAGACCAAACAUGUAUAGAUAG